AUGGAGCUCGUCCCCUUCACGCUCGCUGCCGGAGCCGGAGCCCUCGUCGAGGCGGGCGGCGCGGGCUCGAUCCCCGCGAUGGUGGCGGCGCAGCAGGCGACGCUGCACGCGCAGGUGGACCAGCUUCAGCGCCUCGUCGUCGCCCAGUGCCACCUCACCGGCGUCAACCCGCUCGCCCAGGAGAUGGCUGCUGGUGCAUUGUCUAUCAAAAUAGGUAAAAAACCAAGGGAUCUGUUGAAUCCAAAAGCAGUUAAUUACAUGCAGUCACUUUUUGCUGUGAAAGAUACUAUUGGCAAAAGAGAAACUCGGGAGAUUAGCGCACUUUGUGGGGUUACUGUUACACAGGUAAGGGAGUUUUUUGCAAGUCAGCGUACGCGAGUAAGAAAAGCUGUCCGUUUGUCACGAGAGAAAGCACUCGAAUUAGAGGCAUCCAAGACGACUAACAGUGUAUGCUCCAUGAGCACUGAGCAGACACCUCUUGACAUUGAGACACAUGCUCAAGUUGUUGAACCUUUGAACACUUUAGGACCAGUAGAGAUGUUGCAAAGCUCUUCUCAACAAGCAGAUGCCCUGCAGAAUUCUCUACAACCAGCAGAGGCCCUGCAGAAUUCUUUACAACAAGCAGAGGCCCAGCAGAACACUGCAACCCCAACCCCAACACCUGUCACCCCUAUGGAAACUGCCGAACCAACGGAUGCUAAGAUUAAUCCAGUCUCUGUUCAAAAGGAAACUAAACAAGAGGAAGUUGCACCAGGUGUUGAGUCAGAAGAUAAAAAGUUCUUGGAUAGUAUCUUUGCCUUAAUGCGGAAGGAGGAAACUUUUUCGGGACAGGUCAAGUUGAUGGAAUGGAUUCUUCAAAUAAAUAAUGCGACGAUUCUUAGUUGGUUCUUAACAAUGGGUGGUUUGACUAUUGUGUCAACAUGGCUGAGCGAAGCAGCUACUGAAGAGCAAACAACCGUUAUUCUCGUUAUUUUCAAGGUGCUUCUUCACCUUCCACUACAUAAAGCUUUGCCAGUCCACAUGUCAGUUGUUCUGCAAGCUGUUAACAGAUUGCGGUUUUAUAGGACACAAGACAUAUCCAGCAGGGCCAGGAACUUGCUCUCCAGAUUGAGCAAAGUGCUCAUACGGAGUCAAGCGUCGAAGAAACCUCAAAAGGAUUUGAUCUGUAAACAAAGGAUAAGUGAAAUUCUCCGUGAUGACUCCUGGAGAUCUGAAGUUGAUAUUACUGAGGAGAUCCUUGCCUUGACUGAAGGUGCAAGUGAGAGCAGAAAGCCUGAGUCCAAGAAAACUCCACUGCUACUCACUGCUUCUGCCGAUGAUUCAGUUAAAAACAGUCCUGUGAAGCCAAAGUCCAAAGAGAGAAGAAAAGUUCUACUUGUAGAGCAUCCAAAUCGGAAAGUUGCCGGGAAGAACGUUCAAUCUGCUAGGAGCUUAUCUACAAAUAAUAGCAGACCAUUAUCCGCAGAUGAUAUCCAAAAAGCAAAGAUGCGUGCCAUGUUUAUGCAGGAGAAGUAUGGCAAGGUUGACAAAAGUAAAGUGAUUGAUAAACUAGAGACGACAGAAACUCAAAAACCAUCUGGAUCGGUCAACUCAAAUGUGCCUCCUAUGCCUUCAAGUCCCCUCACAUCAACUACUAAACAACCUGUUGACCCAAGCCCAUCAACUCCUAUACAGAAUGGAGUACCUUCGCCUGAUAAGCCAGAAAUCCUGGCCAGUCCAAAGCUAAACUUAGCUGCCAAAGAGAACUCCGUAGUGAAAUUGGAUUCCAAGAGGAUUCGUUGGCAGAUACCACCAGAGGUAUGGAUAGACCCCUCGUGGAGUUUAAGUACUGGGGAAAAUAGCAAGGAGCUUGAUGUUCAAACACAGAGAAAUCGACGCGGAAAGGAGACCUUUUAUGCAAGUUUAAAGGACAUUCCGUUGAACCCCAAGGACCCAUGGGAUUUGGAAAUGGACUUUGAUGAUAGCCUGACCCCAGAAAUUCCAAUUGACCAGGCACCAGAUGCUGACGCUAUGGAGUCGGAUAGCGUGGAUGCAGCACCUCCUGACAUUGGCUUUCCUGACGAAAACAAGCAAGUUGGAUCAACCUUGUCAUCAUCUUUGACAGUUCCUGCUGGUGCUAACGGUGCAGCUACUGAGCCAGAUCUUGAGCUGCUUGCAGUGCUGCUCAAGAAUCCACAGCUUGUAUUUGCACUAUCAUCUAACCAGGUGGGGAACCUGCCAAACGAUCAGACCGUCGCGCUUCUGGACAUGCUGAAGCAGACUGGCCUUGGACUUUCCGAGCUGGUAAAUAGUCUGGCUAACGGUGCUGGUGUUCCAAAAGAGCCUGAACCUGGCCCUGAAAUGAUCCCUACUUCACUUCCAUCACCCACUCCUCCAAAAGAUCUUCCAGCAAGUGUUAGUCUGCUGGCUCAUUUUGUUUGUUUUCCAGUCUUAAUGCUGCACGUUUUGUUCAUAUAUGUUGGACCAAAGCUUCUCAAACGUUGUUAG